AUGGCGGGGUUGAUCUGCUUCGCCAUGAUGAUGUGCAACUUUCUGGCAGCGGGGCCCUCGAUUGCGUUGCUGGAUACGGCCCUGGAGUUCUUCCCCGCGGCUGCUACCGAUACUGAUGUCCUCAGUCUCGCGAUCGCCAGGACUGCUUACUUCUUCACGACGACCGCCCUGCUCCAGGGCGUGGGCAACUUCUUCUGGGUGCCGCUCGCUAACAAGUUUGGCCGGCGGCCAGUCUACGUUGCGAGCUACUCCAUCUACUUUGCAUGCACAAUAUGGCUCAUCGUUGAUCACUCGUACGGUGGCUUCUUGGCCGGCCGGAUCCUGAUGGGAUUUGGCGCUGGAGCCGCGGAGACGAUUGCGCCGAUUUCCAUCGCUGAUGUCUUCUUUUUGCACGAAAGAGGUACCGUCAUGGCCCUCUAUACCGCGUUCCUUUCUGCGGGCGUUGGCUUUGGCGUGGUUAUUUCAGGUCUCAUCACCAUCAACCAUGACUGGAGAGUCAUCUACCAGGUUUCUGCUGCCUUGGUCGGCGUUGUGCUCUUGCUGGCAUUCUUCACCUUCCCCGAGACCGCCUACGAGAGAGACGAAGCGAGCGCCUGGAACCGCCUGGGGUCGAUAGACGGGAGCAAACCCGGAUCGAUGAGGUCGGAAGGCGAGCUGCCCGCUCGCCCGCUAGGGACUUCGACGACGAGACGCUCAAAGCAAUCAUACCUUUCUUCGCUGAAAAUCUUCAACAAGACGCUGACGCAGGAGAGCCUGUUGAAGCUGGCGCUGCGGCCCCUGGGCCUGAUCCUCUUGCCGCCGGUCCUCUGGGCGGCGCUGGUGCAGGCUGUGACGGUCGGUUUCCUCGUCGCUGUGUCCUCGAAUGCCGGUUCCGCGUUUUACUCCGCAUACGGGUUCGACUCGUGGCAGAUUGGCCUCUGCUUCAUUGCUGGCAUCCUCGGGGCGCUGCUCGGAAUUCCGGCCGGUGGGCAUCUUGGCGACAUGAUUGCAGAUUGGUUUACCAGACGAAACGGCGGGAUGCGGGAUCCGGAGAUGCGUCUUCCUAGCAUGGCCAUCAGUAUGGUCACGACGCCGUUGGCCCUCGUCCUCUACGGUGUCGGCAUCGAUAGCCAGCUGCACUGGAUCUGUCCCACCAUCGGUCUUGGACUUCUUACCUUUUCCAUCUCCCAAGGAACGAAUAUCUGUCUCGUGUACGUGAUUGAUGCCUACCGGCCCGUCGCCGGCGAGAUCACCCUGGCCGUCAUGGGCUUCAAGUCACUCUUCGGCUUCCUGUUGUCAUUUUACACCAAUACCUGGGUCGAGAAGGCCGGGUACGACAAUGCCUUUGGGGCCAUGGCGGGAAUCGCAUCUGCCGUCUUGGUCCUGUGGGUGCCGUUAUUCGUCUGGGGCAAGGCGAUACGACACGAGUCGUGGAAGUGGCCGAUCAUCCGGUAUAUCCAUUGGAACGAAGACAGGGAGGUAGGGGAAUAA